GUUCGUCAGAUGAAACAUCGGACCCGCACUCGGAUUCGGAGUCUGAUAAGCAAUCUUCUGGCAAACGUUCUCGUGGUCAAAGACAUGACGGCAGUGAUACAACGGACCGGAACGCAGGCCCUAGCAGACCGUUGGAUCCGGAUGACUUCGAGACACAAACAGAUCUCUUUGGCCCUUCACAGAGAUCGUAUUCACAGAUGGCUGCACGCUCAGGACGGAAAAGGAAGCGAGUCCUGUUAGACGCGGAUGAUCUCGAGGAACCAAGACUAUCAAUCUCUCGCUCUCAGGCUAACAUCAUUCACCAUAGCCCAUCUGCGUGGGCAGCUCCUAGUUUCAUGCGCCAGACCCUCACGAGCGGAUCAGCGGAUCCAUCAGGAUCACGAUCGAGAAAUAUCCGCACCGACGAAAUGACCAGUCAACAAGAUAAAACAGUCCUUGGCGCCCCGCAACGCGGGAACCCCCACAAAUCUAACUCUACAGUUAGAAUCAUCGGGGAAACUGCCGAUGAGAUAUCGAGUACCCGAAAGAAAGAUACCGUUGCAAUAACGCAACAAACCUUAUCCCGUAAGGAUGCCGAUAAUCAGAUGGAAGGCAACGUGGGCAUGAAACGAACAUCGGGUGACAAUCAACACCAUCGACCGUUGAAACGGGGGAAAGGAAAUGCUUCGCAAAGUAUUAGCAGGUCCGGAUCCGGCAGCACCCACACCGGCACCAAACUGCUCGGUUUCUCUGUCGCUCUGGACAAGAAGGGUCUUGAGAAUGUAGUUUCGUGGAGCAGGAUGAAGGAAAUUAUUCUUAAUACGGGUAAAUAUCAAUCAGUAUGAGCUUGACUUUGUACUUUACGACUGUUGCUGUUUCGAGCGGUACUCCGCUGUUGGUCAACUGACCGACCUCGCCCCUGCGGCGAUGCUGUCAUUAUUGUCAGUGGAAGAAGGAAACUCAAAGGAAAGUCUGAUGUCGAAUGAGUGAACCUUUUGAUGUGACCUAGAUAGUGAAACACAACUCUAACAAGUCAUUAUCACGAUUGCGAAAAAUAUGAGCUCGAGCGUCACUAAAAACUGAAACCGCCCGCCGAGUCUUUGCGACUCGAGGACCGGGAAGAGUGAUGAACAUCAGCAAAU